CCCAAGCAUAAACAAGUCCUGUGGAUGCAGACCAUUCUUUUACCCACGUCACGGCAUAAAAGAUUAUUCAUGGCGUAUUUGUAAUAGCUUGGACUUUGAAUGCCUAGCUAAGCAUAAAUCCGGUUGGUUAACGAUUCUCCCUCACGAGGAAGAACACACCAAUUUUGAAAAAGAAGAAAAGGCUUUACAUUGUUACAAUUGUUAUGCUGCCUGUGAAGAUAUUAGUUACGAUGUAUUAAGUUGGACGACUGAUAUGGCUCCUGGUGAAUUCAAUACUAACUUAUUACAGGAUCACAAUAUUACUAAUGAAGGAAUAGUACAUGUAUACUUUUCAAAGUACGGCACUAUCAGAUUGAAACAAGACAUAUCUUUUUAUUGGUAUGAUCUCGUAAGUGAUAUCGGCGGUAUAUGUGGUGUCUUCAUUGGCUUUAGUUUCAUCACUAUAGUGGAGCUUCUGUACUUUUUUGUGCUCAUGUUUAGAGAUUUGUUCUGUAAAAAAUCGGCGUUGCAGAAAGAUGAUCGCAAGACUGAAAUCCCAUCAGAUCGAACUCAAACCACAGGGACAAUAUAUUGGAACGAAUUGCAACCGCGAUCCUUUCAUUCGGCGAAAUACGGCAAAUUCUUUGCUAACAGAGUCAGAUAUUGACUGACGGAGUUAUUAUGGAAUCAUUCAGGAAGAUUUUCGAUUGGAAUAAUUCCAUUUUCCUCAGUUAAUAUUUGAAAUUAUUAAGAAGUAUCGGAUCUAUCUAUCUACCUAUCUAUCUAUCUAUCUAUCUAUCUAUCUAUUUAUCUAUUAUAUCUACAUCUUACGAGCAAACGAAAGGACGAUUCAG